ACUUUCACACACCAGCUCUCUCUAUGUAUAUAUACACACACAGAAGCACAUUUUCUACAUAACACACACCAAACAGUAAUCGUAAGUAUCAAAGAGAAGCAGAAAUGGCGUCUUUGAAGAAGUAUAACAGGCAGUUUUUGUGGGAAACAGGAGUUGUGUUUUGUCUCUGUUCAUUGUCUUUGGUUUCUUCACACAGCAGAAAGUUCACGACACCAAACGUGACACGCCUCACGGAUCAGUUCAGUAAGAUCGCCAUUGAAAAUGGCUUCUCCAAACGUUUCGGAGCUCCCAAUAUUCUCGUCAAUGGCUCACUUGCCAAGCUCACUCUCGACAAAUCAUCUGGAGCUGGUUUGGUGUCAAAGAACAGGUAUCACUAUGGUUUCUUCAGUGCAAAACUCAAGCUUCCUGCUGGAUUUGCCUCUGGUGUUGUGGUUGCUUUCUAUUUGUCAAACGCAGAGAGUUAUCCGAAAAACCAUGACGAAAUAGACAUAGAACUGUUGGGGAGAAGUAGAAGAGACGAUUGGGUGAUCCAAACGAAUGUGUACGCAAAUGGAAGUUUGAAAACAGGAAGAGAAGAAAAGUUCUAUUUUUGGUUUGAUCCAACUCAAGCCUUUCACGACUAUACCCUCGUUUGGAACUCCCACCAUAUUGUAUUUUUUGUAGACAACAUUCCGGUUAGACAAUUUCCAAACCGGGGAGCCUUCAUGAGCGCGUAUCCGUCUAAACCGAUGUCUCUAUACGUCACCGUUUGGGACGGUUCAGAGUGGGCCACUCACGGCGGUAAGUACCCCGUCAACUACAAGUACGGCCCUUUCGUGGCUUCCGUUGCUGAUGUAAAGUUAAGCGGCUGCUCCGUUAAUAACGGUUCUUUUACCGGGUCCGGGGCAUGUACCAAGUCGGGCGGGUCGAUUUCGAGUCUGGACCCUGUUGACGGUCAGGAUUUUGCCACGUUGUCGAAAAAUCAGAUCACAGCCAUGGAUUGGGCUAGGAGAAAGCUAAUGUUCUAUUCUUAUUGUAGCGAUAAGUCGAGAUAUAAAGUCAUGCCUGCUGAGUGCAGCUAAAAUUUUUAUUUUUAAUUUUGAUUAAAACCAACUUUGUUAUCUACUUAAGAGAAUACUUAUAUAAUAAUAUCAUUUUACUUAGGAUAAUUAGCGGUUGAAUUUGAAAGCAAAUUUCAUUUCUCU